CUGUAGAGCGUCUGCAGAAACAGAAGAACGACUGAUAGAUCAAAAGGAAGGGCGUGCAGUGCUACCAUCAAGGAGUGUGGGUCCUUUUACCAUCUUUAGCCAAUUUAAACAUCAUGGCCGACCCGGAAAACCAGCCCGAACAGCAGAAGGCUGCCCCGGAAAAGCAAGUCAUUGCUACCAAAGUGACGGGCGUGGUCAAAUGGUUCAAUGUGAAGAGUGGAUAUGGCUUCAUCAAUCGCAAUGACACCAAAGAAGACAUCUUUGUCCACCAGACGGCCAUUUCCCGUAACAACCCCAGGAAAGCUGUUAGAAGUGUUGGAGAUGGAGAAAUUGUCGAGUUUGAUGUGGUUGUUGGUGAGAAGGGCCAUGAAGCAGCUAAUGUUACUGGGCCAGAAGGCGAACCAGUGAAGGGUUCUCCAUAUGCUGCCGAUCGGCGUGGUCCUGGUGGGUACGGCUACCGUAGACGCGGAGCUGGGGGUACUGGUGGGUUAGGUAGUGGGUACCGACGCAGGCCAAGAGGAUCACGUCGUGAAGGAGAUGAGGAAGGUAAAGAUCAUUCGGAAGAACGCGGAGAGGGAGAUGAAGAGAAUGAUGAAUCAAAUGCUCCACGAGAAGGUUCUUCUCGUGGUCGUUUCCGUGGCCGUUAUCGUGGAGUAAGCUACCGCCCUCGAUAUUUUAAUCGUCCCCGUAAGAACACAGAAGGCGAAGAAGUUUCUGGUGACAAGUCUCAUAUGGAUGGCGAUGCUGAUCAAGAGGGUGGAGAAGAAAACAAAUCUCGUGGUUCUCGCGGAGGUCUUCGUGAUGGUGUCCGAGGAAGUGGUCGUCCUCGGGCUCGCGCUCGCGCUCGUGGCUACUACGGACGUGGACGUGGAGCACGUUCCGAUCAAGGAGUUGGACAAGAAUCAUCCGAAGGAGUUCAAGAAGACGGCUCUGGCGACAUUCGUGGGGGGUAUCGCGGACGUCCUUUCAGAGGUCGACGUGGUGGACGCAGCCGUGGUGCCAGACCACGCUCCGGAGAGGGAAUUGAAGGAAAGGUUGAAGGGCAGUCUAUGAAUGCCACUAGUAAUGAGAGCAACGCGUAAAUUCAUGAUGACUCAAGAAGGGAGCGUACGCAUAAGGGUGGGGAAUGAUGGGGAAUCGGACGGGAAUUUAAUCAUCCCUGGCUUAUUCCUCUACAUUUUGUUUUUGUCUCGGUACCAAGACGUCAUUGUUGGGUGACACUUAGCGUUUCUUUUCUUGGUCGUCCUUCUCCACCUAAAAUUACAAAUAAUGACUAGAAUUGUUAACUCUAGCGUAAAACAAGAGGGAAUUGUCUUAAUUUAAUUUUGAUUGGAAAAUUCGUCGGUUGUAAGCGGGUCGAAACGAUAUUUUUUUUUUCUUUAUUAUCGUGUAAAGGACCUGAGCUAUGGCUUUACAUCCCUCCGCAUUGCUCUCGUCAACACGUGUGCUUGAUUACGAACCAUUUGUGCAGAAAAUGUGUAGCCAAACCUUUGUGCUCGAUCUCGGUCUUAAUACUUUUCCAUCCCGUUUUUUUUUUGUCCCGAGUUUUGAAUCUGUUUUCAAUAAUUUUGGGUUAUAGGAAAAUUACUGCAACCACAUGUAAUAUUUAGUCAGUUAACUAAGUACAAAAUUUGCGCGCCUUAAAGAAAGUGCUGCCGUUUUUUGUUAUUUGACCAUUUUUUAUGUUAAAUUUCUUUACCAGCUCUUAAAUUUAAACGGGAUUUAAGUAAUUGACCAAGAUCGAGGCAAUCGUUCGUCUAUGAAACUUCUGUUCCUCGAGACGAAUCGCUCACUUUUUUUUUCAUUCUAUAAAUCUGUUGGUUGAAAUCUGAAUUUGAUUUUGUGAAACCUCAAGCUUUGACAGCAAAGUGUUUUGGUAGAUUUGUUCAACUGCAUUGUGUGGGAAAAUAGUUUUUCCGCUUCGAUGAGUCAGACACGUAAACCUUGACUUUUCGCUCCAAAGUUAAUUCUAACUUAUCCUCAUCCACAUGCUACUCUAUUGGCAACUGCUGAAUCCCUGAGUCUGUACUUGAAGAAACGCUCUUAAAGAUUUGUCAAUACAACAGCAAAGACACUU